GAAAAUGAAAAGUAGCACCCACAUGGUACGUUGGCUCCACCUUUCAGCCUUAUUUUCAGACUGCAUUAAUAGAGGUAACUACUAAGAAGCAUCUUUGCAUAUAGAAGAACAUUUGUUUUCCAUCCACUGCUAAGAAGAUUAAUUUCACCAAUUUGAGAGAGAGGAGAGAAGCAGAGAAAGAAGAUCAGAAAUAUGGCUGAAGGUGUUGUUACUGUUGUGGCUGAAGGGAUCAAGCCCCUGGGAGAUUUCAUCAUUCAGCAAGCGAAGUUCUUGAGUGGAGUCAGCUAUCAAGUUGAGCUUGCACAAGUUGAACUUCACUUGAUCCGGGGCUUUCUCAGAGAUGCAGAUGCAAGACAAGGAGACGAAGAAGUAGUACGCAUUUGGGUUAAACUGAUUAGAGAUGCUGCUUAUGACUUGGAGGAUAUCAUUGAAUCUUUUGCCUUGAAAGUAGCUUCCAGGAGGAGAGGAGGUACUGUCAAGAUUGCUCUCAAAAGGUUUGCCAGCAUCUUUAAUGAAGGAGUUAAUCGAUACAAGAUUGGGUCCGAAAUUGAGGAUAUUAUAACCAAACUUUCUCAUCUGAGGUCGAGUUUGCUGAGUUAUAAUAUCAGGCAAAUAAGUGGGGGUGAAGGUGUCGCUUCUUCUUUUAAGAGGCAAAGAGACCGGCGGCUAACUUACGCUCAUGAAGUUGAAAGUCAUACUGUUGGCUUAGAGGAAAACACAGAUAUAUUGGUUAAGGAGUUGGUGGGAGAAGGAAAGCGUCACCGUGUUGUUUCUAUUUGGGGGAUGGGCGGCUCCGGAAAAACCACUCUUGCAAAACAAGGUUUUCGUCAAAAUGAGGUGAAACGUCAUUUUGAUUGUUUCGCUUGGAUUUGUAUAUCUCAACAAUGUGAAGGCAGAGAUGUCUUCGAAGAAAUUUUAAUUAAACUCACUUCCCCAACAAUAGAGAAAAGGAAAGAAAUUUCCAAAAUGAAAAAGGAUGAAAUAGCAAUGGAGGUCUGUAGUAUCCAACGAGAAAAGAGAUGUCUGGUGGUCCUUGAUGACAUAUGGACUCAAGAGGCUUGGCAUUCGAUAAAAGCUGGAUUCCCAAUCAAUGAGGAAACAGAGAGCCGAAUAUUACUCACUACUCGCAAGAAAGAAGUAGCCUCACUUGCAUCCAAAAAUGAUAAUCUCCACCAACCUCGACCACUAGAUGACAACCAAAGCUGGGAACUGUUUGAAAAUAUAGCGGAAUGUGGAAGCGAUAAAACAGACUUGGAAAUUUAUGCAAAGAAGAGAGAAUUAGGAAAGAAGAUGCUUGUACAUUGUUCAGGUUUACCAUUAGCCAUCAGUGUGCUUGCUGGUCUUCUUAGUAGACGAGAGACGGUUGAUGAGUGGGAUACGGUACUUAGAAAUGUUGAUGUAUACAUAAUGAGAGGCACAAAUGUCCUUGAAAGAGAAAAGACAGGUCAGGGGUGUGGUGUUUCAGGUGUCUUGGCAUUGAGUUAUGAUGACUUACCAUCUCACUUAAAACUAUGCUUUUUGUAUUUAGCCCAAUUUCCUGAGGAUCAUGAGAUACGGGUAAAAAGACUUGCUCAAUUAUGGAUUGCAGAAGGGUUUAUAACUUCAACGUCAGAAAUGCAUGUUUCAGUGGAAAGUUUGGAAGAAAUGUCAUAUAGUUGCUUAGUUGAAUUGGUGGAGAGAUCUAUGGUUCAAGUUGUAGAAUAUGGUUUAAGUGGGAAGGUGAAAACUUGCCGUCUCCAUGAUUUUAUGAGAGACUUGUGCUUGCGAAAGGCAGAAGAGGAGAAUUUUUUCCGAAUUAUUAACUUUUCUGCGGGACUGGUAUCUAAGACAGCCCUAAUUGGCAAGGUUCGAAGACUUGCCCUCUAUUUGGACGAAGAUGUGAAAUAUGAUUUCAGUAUAGAUGGAAGAGAUGAGCACAUUAGGUCUCUAUUAUACUUUACCCCAAAAGGGUUUGACCAAAAGUGGAACAAAAAAGUAAUGCGAUCAGUAUUCAAUGACUUCAAAUUGCUUAGAGUUCUGAAGUUUGAAAAAAUAGAGAGAGAAUUUCAGUUACCGAAAACGAUUGGGAAUCUAGUCCACUUGAGGUUUCUGAGUCUGAAGCAUAGUGCAUAUAGUGGGUUGCCAUCAUCUGUAUCUAAUCUAGUACUUUUGCAAACUCUAGAUCUGCGGUAUAAUUAUUAUUUAUAUGAAGGAUCUUGUUUUGGUCGGGAGAGGGCAACCAGAAUCAGAAAUGUGUUUUGGAAUAUGGAGCAACUGAGGCACUUAUAUUUACCUUGGCGUCACUAUAUAAGUGAACAGAAACUCUCAUUUGCAAGGCUGUGCAAUUUGCAGACGUUGGGUGAUCUUCCAAUUGAGAAAUGUGAGUUAAAUGAUCUUGUUCAGUUAAGCAAUCUGAAGAAAAUAUCCAUAAUCGUAUCACAGCCUAGUCACUUGGAAAAGUUCAAGAACAUGUUGAUAUCGAGAAGUAUAACAUAUGAGCAUCUUCGAUCGCUAUCUUUGAAGCUAAACCGAGAUGAUAAUGAGGAUAUAGCAAGAGAUAUAGUGUUAAGGUGUCCUUAUUUAUACAAACUGCGACUGCUUGGGAAAAUGACGGAGUUUCCAAAAGAGCUCCUGGGCUAUCCAAAACUCACCAAGAUAACGCUGGUUAGUACAGAACUGAGAUGUGACCAGAUAGAUAUAGUGAAGAUGCUGCCCAAGUUAAGGGUGCUUUACCUGGGUAGUGAUGCUUUCAAAUCAAAAACAAUGGUUUUCUCCCCAGGAGGCUUUCCUCAUCUGGAAUUUCUUACACUAAGUGCUUUGUUUAUGUUGAACGAGUGGAGGGUGGAGAAAGAAGCCAUGCCUAGUCUUCAGAGAUUGCAUAUUGAAUGGUGCCUACAAUUAUGGGAAGUUCCAGAUGGGCUUCAACAUAUUACUACCCUCAAGGAAUUAACAAUCAACGUGAUGACCAGUAGAUUCUGCAGUAGGGUUAGGGAAGGAGGAGAGGAUUUCUACAAAAUUAAACAUGUACCUUCUAUUAUAAUCACAAAUAUUCAACCCGACUACAAGAAAGACAAGGAGCCAGAAAUGGAGGAAGCAGCAGGUGCGUGUCGAGUAGUUGCUAAUGACUCUGAGAAAUCAACUGUGGACGCUCCUCUGCCCCCUGAAGAAAAAACAGAGGAAAUACAAGCUGCAUCCACUCCUUAAUUAGUUAAAUCCACAAGUUCGACUUUAUAUAUGCUUGAUUACAACAGAUGUGAACAAGGCUAUACGCCGUUUGCAGUGCUAGAUGUCCCAGCUUUGUAUAUAUUUGUAUGUUGUAAUCAGUCCAACAACGUACUUUCAUCGCAGAUUGAUCACCCUUUCAGUUUCAGAAUUUCCAGAUUACUUCACCUAUAAGCUGAAAGCAAAAUAAAAAGUUGUAAUUUCAUUGUACCCUAACCAGUUCUUUAUAUUGUGGCCUGGUGUUCAAUAUCUGGUAUGCUGAAUAUUAUUGGGUAUAUAGUAACAAAACGAGGCGACAUUGGGCUAUGUUCUUUGGGCUUUAUCAGAUAGCCAAUCCGAAUGGCCGGCCUUUAAUUCUUCCCCACCCAAUUCCGCUUUCUCUUUCCUUUGUCUUUCUUCCCCGAUCGAGUCCCCCCACCGCUUCACACAGAGUAUUCAUGUCUCUCUUUU